UGCUUGAAGUUUGAAUAAGGACCGGGAAUAAAAUGCAGAAGAGCGUGCGCUACAACGAGGGGCACGCGCUCUAUCUGUCGGUGGUGGCGCGUAAAGAGGGCACGAAGCGGGGCUACCUGAGCAAGAAGACCACAGAGAACAGCCGCUGGACCGAGAAGUACUUCGCCCUCCACCAGAACGUGCUUUUCUACUUUGAGAACGACCAGAGUGCGAGACCCUCCGGCAUUUACCUGCUGGAAGGAUGCACGUGCGAGCGGACACCUGCGCCCAAGGUGUCCGCCGUCAGCAAGGAGCCCAUGGAGAAACUACAGCACUACUUCCUCAUCAUUUUUGGCCACGAGGGACAGAAACCUUUGGAGCUGCGGUCAGAGGACGAGUCGGACUGCAACGAGUGGGUGGAAGCCAUCCAGCAGGCCAGCUACUCUGACAUCAUGAUCGAGCGCGAGAUCCUCAUGCAGAAGUACAUCCACCUGGUCCAGAUCUUGGAGACUGAAAAGAUCGCAGCCAAUCAGCUUCGCACUCAACUGGAGGACCAGGACACGGAGAUCGAGAGGCUCAAAGCGGAGAUUGUGGUGCUGAACAAAGCCAAGGAGAGGAUGCUGCCUUAUCAGAACAACCAAGAAGAAGAGGACCCAGAUAUCAAAAAGAUUAAAAAGGUGCAGAGUUUUAUGCGUGGUUGGCUGUGCAGGAGGAAGUGGAAGAUCAUCGUCCAAGACUAUAUCUGCUCGCCACACGCAGAGAGCAUGAGGAAGAGGAACCAGAUUGUGUUUAACAUGGUGGAAGCAGAGACGGAGUACGUCCACCAGCUCUCCAUUCUGGUGAACUGCUUCCUCAGACCUCUGCGCAUGGCUGCCAGCUCCAAGAAACCCCCCAUAAGCCACGACGACGUCAGCAGCAUCUUCCUCAAUAGUGAGACCAUCAUGUUUCUGCAUGAGAUCUUCCACCAAGGGCUGAAGGCUCGGAUCGCCAACUGGCCCACACUGGUUCUAGCGGACCUGUUCGACAUCCUGCUGCCCAUGCUGAACAUUUACCAGGAGUUUGUGAGGAACCACCAGUACAGCCUGCAGGUGCUGGCAAACUGCAAGCAGAACCGAGACUUUGACAAGCUGCUGAAACAGUACGAAUCCAACGCUGGAUGUGAGGGACGCAUGCUGGAAACCUUUCUCACGUAUCCCAUGUUCCAGCACUUUUGGUCUCUGAUCCAGCUGCCGUCCAGUAGCGAACGGGGCAUGCUCAGCAAGGUACGCCUGGGCUCCCUUUCACUGAGGAAGGAGGGAGAGAGGCAGUGUUUCCUGUUCACCAAACACUUCCUCAUCUGCACUCGAACCUCUGGAGGGAAGCUUCACUUGCUGAAGGGAGGAACGCUGUCCCUUAUUGAGUGCACUCUGAUUGAGGAACUGGAUGCCAGCGAUGAAGACUACAACGCCGCUGGUCAAGGCUUCAGUCACCUGGAGUUUAAAAUUGUGGUGGAGCCUCCUGAUGGUCAGAGCUUCUCUGUGGUUCUUCUGGCUCCUUCCCGUCAGGAGAAAGCUGCAUGGACCAGCGACAUCAGCCAGUGCAUUGAUAACAUUCGCUGUAACGGCCUGAUGACCAGCGUGUUUGAGGAAAACUCUAAAGUUUCUGUGCCGCACAUGAUCAAAUCUAAGAUUCAGGGAGGAACGCUGUCCCUUAUUGAGUGCACUCUGAUUGAGGAACUGGAUGCCAGCGAUGAAGACUACAACGCCGCUGGUCAAGGCUUCAGUCACCUGGAGUUUAAAAUUGUGGUGGAGCCUCCUGAUGGUCAGAGCUUCUCUGUGGUUCUUCUGGCUCCUUCCCGUCAGGAGAAAGCUGCAUGGACCAGCGACAUCAGCCAGUGCAUUGAUAACAUUCGCUGUAACGGCCUGAUGACCAGCGUGUUUGAGGAAAACUCUAAAGUUUCUGUGCCGCACAUGAUCAAGUCUGACGCCAGGCUGCAUAAGGACGAUGUCGAUAUUUGCUUCAGCAAGACUCUCAACUCCUGCAAAGUCCCUCAGAUCAGAUACGCCAGCGUGGAGCGGCUGCUGGAGCGCCUGACGGACCUGCGCUUCCUCUCCAUCGACUUCCUUAACACCUUCCUCCACACCUACCGGAUCUUCACCACGGCCGCCGUCGUCAUCGACAAGCUGGCCGACAUCUACAAGAAGCCCUUCACGUCCAUCCCUGUGAGACUAACUGAGAUAAUUAAUUUUUUCAGGUCUCUGGAGCUCUUCUUCGCCACCAAUCAGGGCGCCUGGGGAACGGACCCUUUGAACGGCAAAUCCCCAAGACUGUGUCGCAAGUUCUCCUCUCCUCCUCCCAUAUCCAUCCCCUCCCGCACCUCCUCUCCGGUGCACUGCCGCAAGCUGUCCCUCAGCUCCCCCGUCAGCGUGAAAGUCGGAGCCUUGGACCUGUCCACGACGCCCUCCUCGUCCGCAGCCAACUCUCCCACUUCCAGCCACUGUCCCUCCAUCUCCUCUCCUCCCCCUGGAUCCUCCAGGUUGCCUUUUGGCUUCUCCUCUCCUCCACCCACCGCCACGCGCUCUCCCAGCCUCCCACAGGCCUCUGGGGUGUCCUCGCCGCCUCCCAUCUCCACCAAAGCCCCUCUGGAUCUCAGCCGGGGUCCCAGCUCCCCAGAGCUGAGCCCGGCUGCGGCGGAGGACGUCAGCGGAGAGCUGCCUCGCCUCGACGCCUUCUGUGGGAAGCUGAGGCGCAGCAUCCGCAGGGCUGUCCUGGAGUCUGUGUCCUUGGACAAGUUUAUCCCAGAGUCCCCGUCCACCAGUGAGCCGGGGGACUUGUCUCCCUGCCGCUCCCCGUCCACACCAAGACAUCUGCGAUACAGACAGUCUGGAGUCGCAGCCGGUGAGAACUCUCGCUGCACCAUGUCGCCAGCGUCGGCGUUCGCCAUCGCCACGGCCGCCGCAGGGCACAGCAGCUCGCAGGGUUUCAGUAACUCUGAGAAAACAUGUGACAAGGAAUUCAUCAUCCGCAGAGCUGCUACCAACAGAGUCCUCAACGUGCUGCGCCACUGGGUCUCCAAACACUCCCAGGACUUUGAUAUGAACAGUGAGCUGAAGACGGGGGUGAUCGGUCUUCUGGAGGAGGUUCUGCGAGACCCAGAUCUUCUGCCCCAAGAGAGAAAAGCAGCAACCAACAUAUUAAGCGCCCUUUCUCAGGAUGAACAAGACGACACUCAGCUGAGGAUAGAGGACAUCCUGCAAAUGGCGGAGAGUCCCAAAGCUGAGUCCUUUGAGUCGCUGUCGGCCAUGGAGGUGGCAGAGCAGAUCACCCUGCUGGAUUACAUCGUUUUCAGGAGUAUUCCCUACGAGGAGUUCCUGGGUCAGGGAUGGAUGAAGGUGGACAAGUCGGAGAGAACGCCGUACAUCAUGAAAACCAGCCAGCAUUUCAAUGACAUGAGUAACCUGGUGGCGUCUCAGAUAAUGGCUCACUCUGACGUGGCUUCCCGCGCCGGCUCUAUAGAGAAAUGGCUGGCAGUGGCCGACAUCUGCCGCUGCCUCAACAACUACAACGGAGUGCUCGAGAUCACCUCUGCUCUCAAUCGCAGCGCCAUCUACAGGCUGAAGAAGACCUGGGCUAAAGUUUGCAAACAGACCAAAGCUCUGAUGGACAGGCUUCAGAAGAUCGUAUCAUCAGAGGGGAGGUUCAAGAACCUCAGAGAAACCCUGAAGAACUGCAACCCUCCGUGUGUCCCGUACCUGGGCAUGUACCUCACUGACCUGGCCUUCAUCGAGGAGGGGACACCCAACUUCACCGAGGAGGGCCUGGUUAACUUCUCCAAGAUGAGAAUGAUUUCUCACAUCAUUCGGGAAAUUCGUCAGUUCCAACAAGCUCCUUACAGAAUAGAGCAUCAACCCAAGGUAACUCAGUUCCUGCUGGAUAAGACCUUAGUGAUGGAUGAAGACACCCUGUAUGAGCUCUCACUGAAGAUCGAACCUCGAGUCCCGCCAGGCUGAUUUCCCACAGCAAGCCCUCGUGUUUACAUGUCUUUUGUUUUUAUGUUGUACAGGGGUGUAAAAAAGGGUAGAAGGGGAAACUCAGGAGAAAAUGUGCCUUAUUUUAUGAAUUAUAUGAGGUAUUUAUUUAGUAAUUAUUGGGUAUCACAGAAACACCUCCAUGUCAUAGUGUAGAAACCCCACUGGCCAUAGUACUGGAAUAUUGCUGCUAUCACUCAAUGAGGUCAUUUAUUCUUUUUUUAUCUUCCACACAAAUGUCUUCAGAUAUUUUACAUCAUUUGGAU